UCCAACCUUCCUUGUGGUCCGGCCUGCUCCCCGGUACGUAAGGGCAGAGAGGAAAAGCAAGGGCUGUUGACGCCGGGAAGGCGCCAUCUUGGUUAAGGGCAGCGCUAGGGACCCUGACGGACUUUUCUGAGGAAAGACAGGAAAGCUACAGCGUCUCCGCGUAUCCUGGAAGCCUCUCUUUGCCAAGCGUUUAGGAGGUUUCCUAUGGGGCCGCCCCUGGCUCCGCUCCCGGAGGAUGUGCUCGGGCAGGCCCGGCCCCAGCGGACGACGGAGAGAAGGCAGCGGGCCGUGAGCUUCGCGGACGUGGCCGUGUACUUCUCCCCGGAGGAGUGGGGGUGCCUGCGGCCCGCGCAGAGGGCCCUGUACCGGGACGUGAUGCGGGAGACCUACGGCCACCUGGGCGCGCUCGGUUUUUCAGGCCCCAAACCCGCUUUUGUCUCUUGGGUGGAAGGAGAGGGAGAGGCGUGGAGCCCGGGAGCCCAGGAUCCAGCGGGUGAGAGCUCGCCUGCUGUUAGCAGAGGCACGGGAAAGGUAGCAGGAUCCAGGGAUGAGAAUGAGGAGAAUGAAAGGCUGAAGAAGAGUGCAAAACAAAAAGUGGAAUUUGAAGAAAUGUCUCUCAAGGAUUGGUUGCCAGCCAACAUGCCACCUGGCUCCAGUCCCAAAGCUGCCUACCCAGAGCUCUGCAGGAACCCGAGACAAAGCCCCAUCAAACCUUGGCUCAAGGACACUCUAACCCCCAGACCACCGUACUCUUGCCCAGACUGUGGCCACAACUUCAGCUAUCCUUCCUUCCUGGCCAGCCACCAGUGGGUCCGCUCUGGGGAGCGGCCCUUCCUCUGUGACCAGUGCCGGGCCUGUUUCUCCCAGCGCAAGUACCUGCUCCGGCAUCAGUUCAUCCACACAGGUGAAAAGCCCUACCCCUGUCCCCACUGUGGGCGCCGCUUCCGCCAGAGGGGCUCCCUGGCCAUCCACAGGCGGGCUCACACUGGGGAAAAGCCCUACCCAUGCCCAGAGUGCAAGAGUCGCUUCACUUACCCCUACCUGCUGGCCAUUCACCAGCGCAAGCACACAGGCGAGAAGCCCUACAGCUGUCCUGGCUGCGGCCUCCGUUUCGCCUACACCUCCCUGCUGGCCAUCCACAGGCGCGCACACACAGGUGAGAAGCCCUACCCCUGCCCUGACUGUGGCCUCCGCUUUACCUACUCCUCUCUCCUCCUCAGUCACCGGCGCGUUCACUCGGACAGCCGGCCCUUCCCCUGCCCUGAGUGCGGGAAAGGUUUCAAGCGCAAGUAUGCCCUGCAAGCGCACCAGUGGAUCCACUGCUCUGGCAGCAAGAGGCUGAGGCGGCAGCAGGCUGCAGGAGGGCUUUCAGAGCCAAUCCCAGUUUUGGAAGGCCAGGAUCCCCCAGUUUAUUUCCGGUACUUUCCAGAUAUAUUUCAAGAAUGUGGGUGAUGGAGCUCACACAAGCUGAUCAGAGUUUAGUAAGGAAAAGGCAAAGUUUAUGCAUUUGGGGGAUAAGGAGAGGAAGUACUGUGUUAGGAAAAAAGCAGAGGUCAGGGGCACAGAGAAGGUCCGUGGGCAGAAGGAGGCAGGCAUCUGAAAAGCUGCCUGAAGGCUGAUCCCAUUUUCCAAGGCUCCUGCUCCCAGAGCCCCUUGUUCUAUGCCCCACUUGGGGUUAUUUCACCAAAAACCAUUUGCCUAGCUGGCUUUUCCUUCUGGACUGUUCUCUCCCUUAGAGCACUGUCUUUUUUGGCCAGUGUCUCCCCUACUUCUCCAAGAUGGGGUACCCCAGAUGCAAAUGCCUAUUAAAGGAGCCUGCACUGACUCUGGAUCCCCCAGAAUAUAGGGCACACCAUGGGCCUGUCCCCGUGGGAGGAAGCUCAUCGCAGGAUUCUGCCUGUUAGCCAAUGCAGGUGAAACAUCUGGCAAGGAGACACAUGUGGUAUCAAGACAUUGUUCGCAUUCUUUGGUCUAGAGGUGGCCAUAGACAAUGGCCUCAGGUGGGGAACUGUCCUGCUUCACUUUCACUCUGUACAUAGUGCACAUGAACUUUAGACUUGGUCCAUCUCUUCACUGUAUGAAUUAGUGAUUGCAGCAUUUUCUUCCUCUAAGAUAUUUGCUUGUUCCCUGGUUUUGAAUAAAGAUGUAUUCUUGGGCUUAUAGCAGCUGGAAUUAUAAUGCUAGGGACUUCUUUUUUUAUUUUUUAAAGAAAGAAUAAAUUACUUUUGAUUAGAGUUGAAAUCAAGGCAUGGUCUUUCCAAUCUAAUUCUUAAAUUACAACAGUUAAGGGAGGUCUUUCUGGUGCAUUUAGAUCUAUUAGAUCCAUUAUUGUUAAAGCAAUAAACAAAGAGGUGGGUGGAACUAAGCAUGUCUGCAUGCCAGGACUGGUGCUGAAUGACUCAAAUAUCUCUUUGAACCAAAAGACUGCUUCUUUGAAUUCCUGGGUUCCAAAGAUGAUUAUUAAUGGGAACUGGGUGUUAUUUUUACUUCACCACAUAGCCCCUCAUGAACUGGCAGACCUGGAUUCCAGGCUCAGCUCAGUCCCCACUAGCUAUGUGGCUUUUAGUAUAUGAUUCGACAUUUCUGAGCCUUAGUUGUUUCAUUUAUAAAAUGGGGCUAAUGGCAACUGCAUAGGGUUGUCUGAGGUAAAAUGUGAUACAUGUAAAGGCACCUAGCAUGUCUUUAUAGUUUGAAGAGCAAAUGACUGAUCUUCCCCCCCCCAACAUUUUACCAUAAAAAUUUUCAAACAUUCAAGAAUUGAAAGAAUUUACAGUAAACACUCAUACGCCCAUCACUUAGGUUCUACAAUUAACAUUGUUUUUCUAUUGCCAUGCUUUUCACAUGGCAACCCAUCUGUUCAUCCCUCUAUCCAUUUUAUUCCUUCUUUUCUUUUCCUUUUCUUUUCAUUUUGUUUCAAGACAGAAUC